AUGGGCAUAUCAACAAAACAUCCUCGUCAAAAGGGAAGGAUCAUUCUCACUAACAUACAGGACAUGACGGUCGCCUUUCCGCUCAUCCCUGUCGUACUCGCAAUUGCUCAUACAGCGCAUGCAAAAACUUUGAUGCAAAUCUACAACGACUGCUACGAGAAUGCAAAGGAAAUGACGGUGCUGGACAAUAAAGCGACACCGAAGGCGGAGCAAUUACCAGAGUGGUGUCUCGCAAUGCGUCACGAUGUUGCACCAUGCAUUACGGAAAAGGUGAAAUACUGUGCUUUUAUUGUGCUUAAGUAA